CUCAAAUAUCUGAAAAUAAAAAACCUAGAACUUUUGUAGAUUUAGGUGAUAUUAUUGAAACUAUUAAAAUUAUUUUAAAUAAUACACUAGUUGAUUAUGUUGAUUAUUUAAAAUUUUAUAAAGAGCAACAAUAUAUUGAUAUGGAUAUUAAUAAUUUUUCAAAUAUAAAGAUAAAAAUUAUUGAUAAUAGU